AUGAGGGAGAUAUGCACUGUUUAUCCCUUGAAGCUCAAUAAGCACUUUAAGAGGAAUUUUUUAACAACAAAACAACAAAAAGUGUAUCGACAGAAUAUGAAGAGAAGAGAUAAAAUAAUUAAUCAGAUAUUAUGUGCUGGUACAUUUACUUCGCUGUUUCAACAUAAUAUUUUUUUUUCUGCAAUGCUUAAAGAAGCAAGAAAAGUAGAAAUAUUGGGGGAUAAGAAGCGAGCCCCGAGCGCAAUACAUGAAGGAGAAAAAAAAGGGAGAAACGAGGCAUUAAAAGAUGCCCCAAAGGGCAUGGAACGGCUCGGGCGGCUUUACGGAACAGUAGAUGUAAGCGAGUAUGCGUUCUUCUUGAUACAAGCAUUAAACAUUAUCAUAAAUUCUUUGACUCGGGGAAUCAUCUUCGCGUUUUAA